AAAAUCGCUGCCAACUUAUCCUGGUCUGACUCUACUUUAUAUGCUAUAUUUGUAUUACUUACAUAUGUAUGUUGUUUGUGAACACCACAAGUACAUUAUACAUAUAUCAACAAUAAACAUGUUGUUUUACACGAGUUACACCUGUCCAUACUAAUAUCUACGUAAGGUCAUUCACUUGAAAUGCAUUACUUAUAUGCAAUUCUUAUUUAUUUCAUAUCAAGACUAUCAGAGGAUAAUAUCGAAUGUGAAAUUAUUGUUUUUGUUUAAUUUAAGAAAAGUGAAAUGAUGUUUUGAUGGUUCAUGUGUUUAUUUUUUAGUGCUCCCCACUAAUAUUACCUGUGAUUUUUUUUAUAUUCUGACUGCAGAAUGGUCCCAUAUGGCUUAAACCUCGUGCUCUGCUUCGCCUUAUUCGGCAACUUGGCUGAUGGACAAUUCAAACUUCCACCUUACCCCCCAGAUGUCAACUACACACCAACCUUCCCCCAACUAGUGGCCAACCAUGGAUAUAAAGUCGAAACACACCAGGUUAUAACUGAGGAUGGAUACAUUCUAACGCUGUUCAGAAUUCCACGGGGAAAGAAAUGUCGUGGUCCCAUAAGACAACCUCCAGUGCUGAUCUUACACGGAUUUUUAGAAAGCGCUGACUGUUUUAUAGACGGUGACCCAAACACUAACCUUGGAUACCUGAUUCCUGACGAAUGUUACGAUACUUGGUUCGGCAGUUUUCGAGGAACAUUUUACUCUAGAGCUCAUAUAAAAUUGAACCCUGAUACAGAUAAAAAAUUUUGGCAGUUUUCCACCGAUGAAAUGGGAAUGUAUGACUUACCAGCGUUUAUAGAUUAUGUCUUAUAUAAAACAGGCUCAAAACAGCUAAAUUAUAUGGGAUUUUCUCAAGGAGGUGGGACAUUUUUCAUCAUGUGCUCCGAAAGACCUGGGUAUUGCAAUAAAGCCAAGCUUUUCAUAGGCUUAGCGCCUGCUACUAGACAUUUAAACACAAGAUCUUUAGCAUUCAGACUUAUGACGCAAGCUGUCAAUGGAAUUUUAGAACCACUACAAGACGCUGGCAUUUACGAGGUUUUAACUAAAGGUUACCCUAUCCAGAGAAUCCUAAAUUUCCUUUGUCAGGAAGACAUAUUGGCUGGUAUAAUUUGUGGAGCUUUAGACGCUAUUCUGGAUGGACCUAAUCCAGGCUCAAUAACUGCUGAUACUUUAAGAAUAGUAUACGAGCAUACACCAGCAGGUAUUUCUACUAAAUUAGCAGCCAGAUAUGGACAAGCAAUGACUGAGACGGAAUUUUUGAUGUUCGAUUAUGGACCUACUGCUAAUACACAACUUUAUGGGAGCGCUAUUCCGCCAGCAUACAAAAUUUCAGCAGUAACCUGUCCUGUCGUUGUGAUCCAGGGUCAUAAUGAUGGGAUUGUAGACAUGAAGGAUUCUCUAUGGGCCGCAAAACAGAUGCCUAAUCUUCUCGAGUAUCAUAACGUUUCUGAUCCGCUUUGGACACAUUUUGAUAAUAUCAGAAGCCAGUAUAUACCUAAAUAUACGUUUCCAACUAUAAAGAAGUAUUUAAGGGAGUACAGUUCAGAUGGUGGUGGUGGUUCAGAUGAUAAGUCUUUCCGUAGUUCCAUUGGGGAUAUAUUGUCCUCCUGGUUGAAAUAGCCAAUGAUAAGAGAGCUAGAGCUGACUCCGGGCUCCUUUAAAGGGCCCGCUGAUUACCAGUUCGCCAGACGAUAUCGGCCUGACAGUUAUCCGAGAUUCAGAUAUCAGCUUUUGCGAAUAACUGACAGGCCGAUAUCGUCCGGCAAACUGGUAAUCAGUGGGCCCCUUUAGAGUGCAACAGAGAAAACGCUAAAACGAUGAGGAGGAGUGAUAUCUUCCAAUUCAAACCAUAAUAUUUAUAAGCUGAUUUUUAAGCCAUAUUGCUUAUCCCACCGCUGUCAAUGACAGUCAAAUAUAUUUAUAUACACAUACAUGGUGUCCAGUGCAGUGGCACAUAUCUCAUUAUCAGUGAUCGGAUUUCCCGGUGCAACACGGGUCGAAUGACCUCAAACAUUAUACUAAUAUGGAUAUACCCCGGGAUUCCACAACUUAUAUUGUUGAAUAAGUUACUGGCUAUAUUACAUUCAGUAAAUUUUAGUAACAUUUUGUCGCGUAAAAUUAAUAUUUCCGGAAAAUAAGUGUAUGUGCAUUGUGCAUAUAGUAAGUGUUAGUAUUUUCUUUAUUCAUCUUAACUCUUAGGUAUAGGCCUUUUAUAAUAUGCAUAUAAUAAUAAAAUACCAAAACAUAAAAAAUGCAUACAAACACAUUAUAAAAUACCUGACCUAGGAUGCCGCUAGGGCGUUUAUUAUUAUGCAAUUUCGAUAUAUGUACUUUCAACAAUUACAAAAGAUAGGUUGUAAAAGUCUCUUUAAUACUGACCUAGGUAUCAAAUAGCUUAUUGGCUAUUAAAUCCAAAAUUUGGGUACAUAACACAAAAAAUCAUAGUUCAUCAUUAAAUUCAUUAAAAAUUUAAGUUUUGUUUUUAUGGAUAUCUAUUAAAAAUACUAUACAGGUUUACUUUAAAGAAUAUUCAAUGCAUGUUUACGAGUAUAUUCGUAAUUUGAGCUGCCUAUCUAAGUAUACCUAUCAUAUCGAUAUAAUUUUUUUCAAACGAAAUCCGGGAAUUUUGGUCAUAUCCAUAUUACGUUUUCUACUUGGUAUCCCACGGUGUUGCACCGGAAAAUCCGAUCACUGCUGAUUAUAAAUUCAAAUAAAAUAUAUGUGAGAGACAUCCAAGAGGUUGUUUUAGUAUUGUAAGUGUUGCUGAUUGAUUAGUAACAAUAGAUCGCUGGCCAGCGGAAUAUCAUGUGUAUGCUAUUGAGUGCGUAUAUGAUUAAAAAUAUUAUGUAUUUAUGUGUGUGUUUAACGAUUAAGUGACUCAAACAUUAUUAAAUUAAGUACCCAGUGA